AUGUCAACAGAAAAAGAAGAAUGCUUCAAAAAGCAUACAGUGGAUCUCAGCGAUUACCAAAUGGUAGAUUUCAGGGAAUAUGAACGAUACGUGAAUAAGACUGUUGUUGUAGUUUUAAAGAGUCUCCAAUUUCUUUAUGGCUCACUCAAAUCAUACGACCAAUACAACAACAUUUCACUGAAUUUCACUACUCAAAGAAUAUUUCACGAAAAUACUUAUGCUGAAAAGAAUCUUGGUCUAGUUUCAGUUCGUGGUGAAAACGUAGUAGUCAUUGCCGUAGCUGAAUUCGAUUUGGAUGGUCUUGAAAAGGUUGAAUACAACCAUCUCGAAACAAAACUCCUGAAAUAUCUGGAUGAUGUCAACAAAUGA